AUGAAAAAACGCCAAGACGCGAUCUCGGCGGCGUACGAGGCGCAGUGGAACGGGGGUAAGGGCUCGCAUCAUCCCGAUUACCGCCCCAACGCUUCGGGCCCAGACGUCGUCAAGGCGUCUCGCGAGACCGAGGAACUCUUGAUGGCGAUUCAAAAGAACGACUUGAAACUGAUUUAUAACAAAAUUGAAGAGGGCGCGGACGUCAACUUUGUCUUCGGUUCGGCGUAUGGUUGCGACGAAGGGUACACGCCUCUGAUGAGCGCGUGUCAUCGAGGACGGUUGGAGGCCGCCAAGGCGCUGCUGCGGUCGGGUGCCGAUCCGAAUUUCAUCAACUCGAACGGCGACGCGACUAUAUUUUGGGCGAUCGACGGUGGUCCGGAGCUCGUCAAGUUACUGUACGACUACGGCGCAGAUUUGAACGUGCGAACGGCGAAGGACGCGACGCCGCUCUCGUACGCUCGAGCGAUGGGCAAAUACGGGCUCGUCGACGAGAAGGGCAUUUAUCCGGAAGAUGUCUUGAAGUUCUACGGUGCAAAUGAAAUCGGAAGUGAACCACCGUGUCAUGGCACUCGCUCGCCGCGAGAAUCGUUCGAUAUCUCCGCAUCAAACUUCUCGCGCGAUCGUGGCAGUUACCAAAACGAGCCCGAGCACCCGUAG